AAUGGACAGGGUGGGUGGCGGAAAAGGGCCCGGGGGAAGUUAUUACAGGGAGUCCUCUUCCGCCGCCAGAAGCCGGAAGUUGUGUCCCGGACGUGUCAACCGGGGUCUGAGUGCUCAGAGUACAGCUGCAACCGCGACCAUGGGCGGGAAGAACAAGCAGCGAACUAAAGGGAACCUGAGGCCUUCAAACAGUGGCCGAGCUGCAGAACUCCUUGCCAAAGAACAGGGAACAGUGCCUGGAUUUAUUGGUUUUGGAACAUCUCAGAGUGACCUAGGCUAUGUUCCUGCUAUUCAAGGAGCUGAAGAAAUUGACAGUCUUGUAGAUUCUGAUUUCCGAAUGGUGCUGCGGAAACUUUCAAAGAAAGAUGUCACCACAAAAUUAAAAGCUAUGCAGGAAUUUGGAACCAUGUGUACAGAGAGAGACACAGAAACUGUGAAAGGAGUUCUUCCAUAUUGGCCAAGAAUUUUUUGCAAAAUUUCACUUGAUCAUGACCGUCGGGUCCGAGAAGCCACACAACAAGCUUUUGAAAAACUUAUCCUUAAAGUAAAGAAACAGUUGGCUCCCUACUUAAAAAGUUUAAUGGGAUAUUGGCUAAUGGCUCAGUGUGAUACUUACACACCAGCUGCGUUUGCAGCAAAAGAUGCAUUUGAAGCGGCUUUUCCUCCAAGCAAGCAACCUGAAGCCAUAGCAUUUUGUAAGGAUGAAAUUACAAGUGUGCUGCAGGAUCAUCUUAUAAAAGAAACACCUGAUACACUCAGUGACCCGCAAACUGUUCCAGAGGAAGAAAGAGAAGCUAAAUUCUACCGGGUUGUAACUUGUUCCUUAUUGGCAUUAAAGAGAUUGCUUUGCCUUUUACCUGAUAAUGAGCUUGAUUCUCUGGAGGAGAAAUUUAAGUCUCUUUUAUCACAGAAUAAGUUUUGGAAGUAUGGAAAACACAGUGUACCUCAGAUUCGCUCAGCUUAUUUUGAGUUAGUUUCUGCAUUGUGCCAGCGCAUUCCACAGUUGAUGAAAGAGGAAGCAUCCAAAGUGAGCCCAUCAGUUCUACUUAGCAUUGAUGACAGUGACCCAAUUGUCUGCCCAGCUCUCUGGGAAGCUGUACUCUAUACACUUACAACUAUUGAGGACUGUUGGUUUCAUGUAAAUGCAAAAAAGAGUGUGUUUCCCAAGCUAUCAACUGUGAUUCGUGAAGGUGGUCGGGGUCUAGCUACUGUCAUAUAUCCUUACCUUCUGCCAUUCAUCAGCAAGCUCCCUCAGUCCAUCACAAAUCCAAAGUUGGAUUUCUUCAAAAAUUUCCUCACGUCUCUAGUUGCUGGGCUGUCAACAGAGAGAACUAAAACCAGCUCUUCAGAGUCCUCGGCAGUAAUAUCUGCUUUUUUUGAAUGCUUACGUUUUAUAAUGCAGCAAAACUUAGGUGAGGAAGAGAUUGAACAGAUGCUCGUCAAUGAUCAGUUGAUCCCUUUUAUUGAUGCAGUUCUCAAAGACCCAGGGUUGCAACAUGGGCAGCUAUUUAACCAUUUAGCAGAAACUCUAAGUUCCUGGGAAGCCAAAGCAGACACGGAAAAAGAUGAAAAAACAGCUCACAACUUGGAGAACGUACUGAUACAUUUCUGGGAAAGACUGUCAGAGAUCUGUGUCGCGAAACUCAGUGAGCCAGAAGCUGAUGUUGAGUCCGUUUUGGGUGUAUCUAACCUAUUACAGGUGCUUCAGAAGCCGAAGAGCUCAUUGAAGUCAAAUAAAAAAAAAAACGGUAAGGUUAGAUUUGCUGAUGAGAUACUUGAAAGCAAUAAAGAGAAUGAAAAAUGUGUAUCUUCAGAAGGAGAGAACAUUGAAGGCUGGGAAUUAACAACUGAACCUUCUCUCACUCAUCAUUCUUCAGGCCUUUUGUCUCCUCUAAGGAAAAAACCUUUGGAAGACUUAGUCUGUAAACUCGCGGAUAUAAGUAUUAAUUAUGUCAAUGAACGAAAGUCAGAGCAACAUCUAAGGUUUCUUUCUACUCUGCUUGACUCCUUUUCUUCAAGCCGAGUAUUUAAAAUGCUACUUGGUGAUGAAAAACAGAGUAUUGUCCAAGCCAAACCUCUUGAAAUAGCCAAGCUUGCACAAAAAAAUCCUGCGGUGCAGUUUUUAUACCAGAAACUGAUAGGUUGGCUAAAUGAAGAUCAAAGGAAGGAUUUUGGUUUCCUGGUGGACAUUUUGUACAGUGCUCUCCGGUGCUGUGACAAUGAUAUGGAAAGAAAAAAAGUCUUGGAUGAUCUAACCAAGGUGGACUUGAAAUGGAAUUCUCUUCUUAAGAUUAUUGAAAAGGCAUGUCCUAGUUCAGAUAAACAUGCUUUAGUAACUCCUUGGCUCAAAGGCGAUAUCCUUGGUGAGAAAUUGGUCAACUUGGCAGAUUGUCUUUGUAAUGAGGACUUGGAAUCCAGGGUAUCUUCAGAAUCUCACUUCUCAGAAAGAUGGACUCUUCUAAGCUUGGUAUUAUCCCAACAUGUUAAAAAUGAUUACUUAAUUGGAGACGUAUACGUUGAAAGAAUCAUUGUUAAACUUCAUGAAACUUUAUUCAAAACAAAGAAAUUAUCAGAAGCUGAAAGUAGUGACUCAUCAGUGUCUUUUAUCUGUGAUGUGGCCUAUAACUAUUUCAGCUCAGCGAAAGGAUGCUUGCUACUGCCAUCAUCUGAAGAUUUAUUAUUAACUCUCUUUCAGUUAUGUGCUCAGAGCAAAGAAAAAACACAUUUGCCAGAUUUUCUUAUCUGUAAACUGAAAAAUACUUGGCUCUCUGGUGUAAAUUUAUUGGUUCAUCAAACUGACAGUUCAUAUAAAGAGAGUACCUUCCUACAUUUGUCUGCUCUGUGGCUGAAGAACCAAGUUCAGGCUUCAUCUUUGGAUAUCAACAGUCUCCAAGUCCUCUUGUCUGCUGUUGAUGAUUUGCUAAAUACACUUCUAGAGAGUGAAGAUUCUUAUCUUAUGGGAGUUUAUAUUGGAAGUGUAAUGCCGAACGACAGUGAAUGGGAAAAGAUGAGGCAGUCUCUUCCUAUGCAGUGGUUACAUAGACCUCUUUUAGAGGGAAGAUUGAGUUUGAAUUAUGAAUGUUUCAAAACAGAUUUUAAGGAACAGGACAUAAAGACACUUCCCAGCCAUUUGUGUACUUCAGCAUUAUUGAGCAAAAUGGUCUUAAUUGCACUGAGAAAGGAAACAGUCUUAGAAAAUAAUGAGCUUGAGAAAAUAAUUGCAGAGCUGCUUUAUUCACUGCAGUGGUGUGAAGAAUUAGAUAACCCACCUAUUUUUCUAACUGGAUUUUGUGAAAUACUUCAAAAAAUGAAUAUUACGUAUGAUAACUUACGUGUACUUGGUAAUACGUCGGGCCUUUUGCAGCUGUUAUUUAACAGGUCCAGAGAACAUGGCACACUGUGGUCUCUUAUUAUUGCUAAGUUGAUCCUUUCCCGAAACAUUUCAUCUGAUGAAGUAAAACCACAUUAUAAGAGAAAAGAAAGUUUUUUUCCACUAACUGAAGGCAAUUUGCAUACCAUCCAAAGUCUAUGUCCAUUUUUGUCAAAAGAAGAAAAGAAAGAAUUUAGUGCUCAAUGUAUACCUGCUCUUUUGGGCUGGACUAAGAAAGAUCUUUGCAGCACUAAUGGAGGUUUUGGACAUCUUGCCAUUUUCAAUUCUUGUCUGCAAACCAAAAGUAUAGAUGAUGGAGAGCUAUUACAUGGAAUAUUAAAAAUCAUAAUAUCCUGGAAGAAAGAGCAUGAAGAUAUUUUUCUUUUCAGUUGUAAUCUAUCAGAAGCAAGUCCAGAGGUACUGGGUGUAAAUAUAGAAAUAAUCCGGUUUCUUUCCCUAUUUCUGAAAUACUGCUCAUCCCCUUUGGCAGAGAGUGAGUGGGACUUCAUCAUGUGCUCCAUGUUGGCUUGGUUGGAGACAACAAGUGAGAAUCAGGCAUUGUAUUCUAUUCCACUUGUGCAACUGUUUGCCUGUGUCAGCUGUGAUUUGGCCUGUGACCUCAGUGCUUUCUUUGAUUCCGCAACUCUGGAUACCAUUGGCAAUCUUCCUGUAAAUCUAAUCAGUGAAUGGAAAGAAUUUUUUUCCCAAGGCAUCCACAGUUUGCUUUUACCUAUUUUGGUGACUGUUACAGGAGAAAACAAAGAUGUGUCUGAAACAUCCUUUCAGAAUGCAAUGCUGAAACCCAUGUGUGAAACAUUAACGUAUAUCUCAAAGGAACAGCUAUUGAGUCACAAACUUCCUGCAAGAUUAGUUGCUGACCAAAACACAAACUUACCAGAAUAUCUCCAGACUUUGUUAAAUACAUUGGCCCCAUUACUCCUCUUCAGAGCUAGGCCUGUGCAAAUUGCUGUUUAUCAUAUGCUAUACAAAUUGAUGCCUGAAUUACCACAAUAUGAUCAGGAUAAUCUAAAGUCAUACGGAGACGAAGAAGAAGAGCCAGCCUUGUCACCACCAGCAGCACUGAUGUCUCUUCUUAGCACUCAAGAGGACUUACUAGAAAAUGUUUUGGGGUGUAUUCCUGUUGGACAGAUAGUUACUAUUAAACCACUGAGUGAAGACUUCUGUUAUGUUCUGGGAUACCUUCUCACUUGGAAAUUAAUACUAACUUUCUUCAAAGCUGCAUCAUCACAGGGUCUCACUCUGUUGCCUGUGCUGGAAUGCAGUGGCACAAUCUCGGCUCACUGCAACCUCUGCCUCCUAGGCUCAAGCGAUCUUCUCACUAAGUAGCUGGGACUACAGGUGCAAGCCACCAUGCCUGGCUAAUUUUUAUGUUUUCGUAGAGAUGGGGUUUCACCGUGUUGCCCAGACUGGUCUCAAACUCCUGAGCUCAAGCUAUCCACCCACCUUGGCCUCCCAAAAUGCUGGGAUUACAGGCAUGAGCCACUGCGCCCAGCCUAAUCUCAUUUUAUCCAACUAACUUCAAUCUGCUUAAUAAGUUUACUCCUGUCCCUUAUACCUUACCUUCCAAGCAAAAGUAAUUACUCUGAUAGGUGGCCAGAUCAACUUUUUUCUAACUGAGUGUAGUCACCAGGUUCUUUUAUUUCAGGAAAUAAUAUUUAUAUAAUUUAAUUUUGUACUAUCAUAGUAAUGAUUUCAAAAGAAUUGGAUCUUGUGUUUUUUGUUUUUUUUUCGGAGGGAGUCAAUUUGUCACUCUGUUGUGGAGAUAUAACUUAAUACAUCAUUGGAAAUUUACCUUACUUGAAAAUCACUGUUUGGAGAGAGAUCUGUGAAACAUUACCUAUGUAAUAAUUCAAACUGUUACCUAAAUGGUGAAAAUAUCUGAAAUAUUUUGUCCAAAUUAUUCUAGCAGCCACUAGAUGUCUCUGUUGUCUCAUGUUUAGGAAGUAAGACCUUGUCCAAGAAGAAACUGGAAAGAUCUCUCUAGUUUUUCUUUUAGAAGGAUCCCCACUUGAAGAUAGUUUGAGCCGGGGAAGUGGAGGUUGCAGUGAGCUGAGAUCAUGCCACUGCACUCAAGCCUGGGCGACAGAGCCAGAUCCUGUCUCAAAAAGAACAAGGAAGAUCCAAAUCUCUGUCAAUCUUUGAUUGAAUUAGCCUAGUAAAAUAUGUGCCUUCUUUUGACAGGUCAAUACAAAAAGAUUUAGUUUAUCACUUAGUGUGAUUAAGUAUUCAUGGCAUUCAUUUCCAAUGUGACUUUUUGGAAUUUUUAAAUUAUAAUUUAUGUUGUUGCUCAUAGCCUAUACCCUGGUACAAAGAUAUCAAUUUUUGCAUCUUUGCAUUUGUAUAUCUACGGGGAAAAGUCAAAUCACAGAAGCAGCACUGAUCUAGCUGUUAAAUAGAUUAGUUUUCUCUUUAGGCCUGUCACUUAUUUUUGUGACUUAAGCUAGUUUUAUUUGCUGAUGAUAUAUUUCAAGAGCUCCUUAUUUGGCUUUUACAUCAAUUUCUUAAAAUAUUGUUGAUCUUUAAAAAAUAGCAGCAGAUUGAGGUAUUUGUGUAUAAGAGUUUUGUUCUCAUUUUAUAUUCAGAAAUUAGGAAAAUCGCCAUGCAUCACCUUUUUCAUUAAGCUGGGAUUGGGUUAGGGUGCAAAAUUAUACGGCAGCAUUUAUUAUUAUUGAGUCUGACACUUGAACUGAGCUGUGGGCAGAUAAACCAGAAUAACCCACUAAGUAAUACUAAUUAGAUGAAUCCUGAAAUAGACAGAAUUUUUCUUCGGAAAACUUUAAAUGUUCCUAAAUCAUGGGUUAACUUUUUUCUCAAAAAAACUAGCAAAUCAGAUUGAACUGGAAAAAGUUGUAUAUGUACAUGUGUAUGUUUAUGUGUCUGUUUAAUAAAGCUUUACUGAGAUAUUGCACAUACCAUAAAAUUUACCCACUUAGCAUACACAGUUUGGUGUUUUUAGUAUAUAGUCAUCCCUUGAUAUCUGCUGGGGAUUGUUUCCAGGCUCCCUCCCAUGACCUCCCACCCCAGCGAAUACUCAAUUUCCUUAUAUAAAAUGGCAUAUAAUAUCUGCAUCUAACCUGUGCACAUCUUCCUGUAUACUACUUAAAAUCAUCUCUAGAUUAGUUAUCACUGAUACAAUGUAAAUGCUAUUGAAAUAGUUGCUAUACUGUAUUCAAGUUUUUAGUAUUUUUAUUGUUGUAUUGGUUUUUUUUAAUCACUUUUUUUGCCCCUCAAAUGUUUUCAAUCUGCGAUUGGUUGAAUUCUCGGAUGUGGAACCCAUGGAAGUGGAGGGCUGACUGUAUUCACAGAGUUGUGCAACUGUUAACCACUACAUAAUUUUAGAACCUUUUCAACAUCCCAUUGUAAUUGAUAGCAAUCACUUCCCAUUUCCUCUCAAACCCCACAGCUCCUGACAACCAUUAAACUGUGUUCUGUCUCUAUGCGUCUGCCUGUUCUGGACAUUUCACAUAUCUGGUCUUUUGUGUCUGGCUUUUAUUUUAGUAUAUUAUUUUCAAGAUUAUCAAAUUGAAGCAUGUAUCAUAAGUAUUGCAUUUAUUUUUGUGGCUGAAUAAUACUCCAUUUUGUAGAUCUAUCACAUUUUGUUUAUCUGUUUAUCCAUUAAUGGGCAUUUAGGUUGUUUCCUUUUUUUUGGCUAUUGUAAAUAAAGCUGCUGUGAACAUUCAUGUAUGAGCUUUUGUGUUGAAAUAUGUUUUCAUUUCACUUGUGUUGUAUACCUUGGAGUGGGAUUGCUGGGUCAUAUAUGUGUGUUUUUUAAAGUCCAUUGAUAUUGGUGAUUAAUUUUUUAAAAAUCUCCAACUUUUUAUUUUGAAAAAUUAAACACUGAAGUUGGAAGAAUAAUUCAAUGGAAAAUCACAUACUCUUUUAGAUAAAAAAGCUACAUACGUCUUUUAACAUAUUGCUACAUUUGCACAUACUUUCUCUGUAUUUACUUUUUUUCUGCUGAUCUACUUGAAAGUAAGUUGCAGACAUUAUGAUGCUUUACCAAAAGUAUUUAAGCAUAUAUCUCCUAAGAUCACGGACAUGUUUCUACAUAAGCAUAAUAUAAUUUUUAUACUCAAGAAAUUUAAUUUUGAUGCAAUAAUAUCUAAUUUUUAUUUAGAUACUUUCAGUUGUCCCAGUAAUAUCUUUAUAGUUUUAUUUUCUUCUCUGUUGAAGAUCCAAUCAAGAAUCAUGUUUGUAUUUGCUUGUCGUAUUUCUUUAGUUUCUUUAACCUAUAAUUUCUAUACCUUUCUUUUCUUUCUUGUCAUUGUUUUGGCCAGCUGUUUUUAGCCUGUCAUACAAUGUGAAUUUGUCUGAUCGUUUCCUCAUUAGAUUGUGGUUAAUUUUUAGCAAUAGUACUUACUGCACAAGUUGUUAUGUGUUCUCUGUGUCUUACCUCAGGAGCCAUAUAAUGUCAUUGUGUUCUUUUACAGGUUGAGUAUCCCUUAUCCAAAAUGCUUGGGACCAGUAGUGUUUCUGAUUUCAGAUUUUUUCAGAUUCUGGAAUAUUUUUGUUACACUUACUGGUUGAGCAUCCCAGAUCCGAAAAUCUGAAAUGCUCCAGGAGCAUUUCCUUUAAGCAUCAUGUUGGUGCUCAACAAGUUUUAGAUUAUGGAGCAUUUUGGAUUUUGGAUUUUCAGAUUUGGGAUGUUCAUCCUUCAUUAGUGAUGUUAAGUUUGAUGAUAAGAGCACUUUGGUCAACAUAUUUUAAAAAUCAAUUCCAAAUCCUAUGACUUGAUCCUUGUACUUAAGUAUUCAUAGUGUUCAGAAAAUGCUAUAUUUUACACAAAGAAAGGAUAAAUGCUUGAGGUGAUGAAUACCCCACUUACCCUAGUACAUAUUAUAUGCCUAUAAAAUACCUCAUAUACCCCAUAAAUAUCUACUGUGUACCCACAAAAAUUAAAAAUACAAAAUUUUUAAAAAGAAUGAUAUCUUUGUACUGUGAGGAGAUAUGUGAUAUAGUAGAAGAAAUUAUCUUAAAACCAAUACAGAUACCAAAGAACUGCAGAGUCAAUGUGGAAAAUGCAAGCUGCGUUAUGGAGGGAAAGCAGGAGUUGUGAAGCACGGGUCUCACACAGAUACCUGCAGUGCUCCCACUGGUGGCUCGUUUUUCUGUUUUUAAAAGAGAAACCAGAAAUCCAUAUUUUUAUGUGAAAUUUCCUGAUUGAAAAAACAACUCUGAGAAGACCCCCAUGACAUUUUGGACCACUAGUUUGUGCUCUCUGUCGUAAAGGGAUGUCGGAGUUUUUGAUACAGGGUGAGGUCAGCCAUAAAAAUGGGAUCAGUUUUAAGCAGGAAUUUGAAAGGUUAAAGACAGUGGUGUGGAAGGAAUGUAUGGAAGACUUGGGAGGAGAGUGAGGGAGUCAUCUGUGGGAAUGGUGAAUAGAUUUUCUUGUCUCAGACAUUCUAAGCCAAGGUGAGUGUAUUGUAAUACAGGAAGACAAUUUGAGAAAGAUAUUAGAAAUGUGUUACAACAAUGAGGGGAUAGAAUGUCUGCUAGUUUAUGAGGAAAGGAAAUUUGUUACACUUUGAGUUGUUCUUUUAUACCAAUCGUCUUGGUGUAUUUGGUUUACUAACAAAUUCUUUGCUC